AUGGUGUUGUUGGACUUCGGGUUGAAGGACACGUACAUUCAGACAACACAGACCCAGAACCUUGGUCGUUUGUUGAAUAGUGUGUGUCGGGAGGCGCAGGAUGUGAUAAAGGACAUUGCUGAAAGAAGUCAGACGCAGGAGUUGUCGGUGGGUUCAAAUUUGCGACAAGACCUGUGGGAGCGUGUGCGCGUACUACGAGAGUUGUAUCUGAAAUGUGUAGUGCUGGUGGGUGCAGCGAUGUGGGACGCACGGGAGACGGUGCGACGACGUGCUCAGGAGUUUUUCGAGAUUCAGUGGCCGCCGAUGGGGGCCUUUCCACCGCCGCAACCGCCGUGGGCCCUGACGACAGCAGUAAACGUGUUGACGGGUGCGAACCCGAGGACUUUGCCCAAGUAUGCGCAAUUGGCAGUGGAGCAGUGUAGUAGUAACGCAGUGGACGCAGUACGUAACAUCCGGUUGCCCUUAAUAGCCCGGAAACGCAUCGGCCGUCGACUAACCAGCAUCAUUCGUUCGGACUAUGCGUUGGCUUUGAGUGAAAGUCGCAAGGUGGAGACUACUCUUAAUUUUGUCACCUUCAAACUUGAAAUGGGUCGCGUCCAUCUGGAGAGCCAAGGGGAGUUCCAAGUCACCUUCCUCACUGAUUUCCGGCAUUUCCAAUUCGAACGUUUUCGCGUAUCUGUAGGCGAAGGCUUGGGCUACGGCGUUUCCCCCGAACUCGACAUCAUGGGUGGAAACACCCUGCAGAGCGCUUGCAAUGUAGUCAUCGAGACGGUGGAGAAUCUCAAGUCUCGAGCGCUUUACGAGGUGAACAGCUGGAAAGCAUUGAUCAAUGCGAGCAAGGAAACCCGGGAGAAAGCUCGCGACCUGCGCGUCCUAGCACGUUGGCUUGCCCUUAGUGAUAAGACCACAAUCCAGCGAGACCAAUUAGACCAAAUUUUGGAACGCGAUCCGUUCCAGGCGGUGUUGCAGGCCGGCACGUUGGAGGCAGACAAGAACAAGUUGACCACAAAUUUGGACAUUCAUCGCGACGAAAACGAUCAUUUGUUUGAGGAGGCCGAAGCGGAGGGCAAGAAGGAGGAUGUGAGUACGGUGCAGCUAGACGAUCUAACCCGGCAGUUAUACCAGUCGCUAUGGCGAAUGGAGAAAUUAUGUAUUGACAAACUUGUGCGUGAGCGGAAAGAAUAUCGCAGUAUUGAAGGCGGCGAAUUUACCCUUGAGUUUUAUCGCUUUAUUGUACUCCUUGCCGCACGUAUUGCCCGGUAUUCCGCUCUGCUUAUAUUGCGCGACCAGGCCCGUAAUAUGUGCAGGUGUACCGCAGCACCCGGUGGGGUUAUUUACGUACGUGAGUGGAAAGAGAAUCGGCCGAAAAGGACUAAACAAAAGACCACCCGUUGGGCUAAACUCUUCAAAAAAUACUUCCCCACGCCCCCCACUGAAGGACCGUCACUGGCCGAAGAAGGCGAUGAUUCCAUACCCUUCGCCUGCCUCUUCCCCCCGAACGCCAUGCCCACACACACCGACUAUGUCGAUAUAGAUUUCCUACCAGGAUUACCCCAAGCCCUAUUUGAAGCAGCCCUAGGCAGUACGCACACCGGCAUCUGUCGGCUCACCUUCGGCCUAGACCAGGCACAAGCCGAACUCUUCGUCCAACUUGAACCACUACACGGUCUAAUACAACAGUUUAUGGCUCCCGAAGAACUUGUUGAAGAACAACCCGAAAAACAACCUCUCGUCCAGAACCUACCUGCAACCCAACAACCGGAAGAACAAACCAUGCCAGUCGAACAGCAACCCGUGAUUCACCACAAUGUCCAGCCAACUCCGACAGCCAACAUGCAGGCAGGCAACAUGCAGGCAGGGUCCGUGCCGCUAGUCAACAAUCCCGCUGGUGAUAUGCCCACAGGUAAUGUCGAUCUAAAUGUGAGGGAUGUGUCCGCGGAGAAUCUACGGAGUUCUCCGUCGAAAAGUUCGCCCUUCCGGGACCUCGUGGAGCAGGGAGGAGUGCGGCUGCGGGGUACGGUGGGCGAAGAAGUUUCGACGAAGCCGAAGGGUGCGACGAAAGCAGAGAAGAGGGCAAAUUUGCAGCGCGUUGUUCGACUGGUCGCGCGUCAAAGUCAGACCAAGUAUUUUUACGUGCAUGAUGAGACGUUGGCAUUCCAGACGGCCUCAUCGUCAACGGUGCGUGGAUUCGGGGGCAUGUACUUGGACUUGACGAUGUGGAUAUCUACCUCUUGCGACAUUUUGGCGUUCAUGGCACUUGAGGCGCUUUCGUGUUUGAUUGGUAAGUGGAAGGACUGGUCGUCAGCCAUCACCGGAUUGCACCUGGAGCUGUCUUAUUGCGGCCGCCGCUCUGUCAAGAUCUGGAUGGAUCUCCUCACCGGCCACCUCUGUGUCGACCCCACGAAUGUUGGCACACGCCUGACUGAAAACGGUGUAUCCCUUUCCGUCAUUGCCCACCACACCGCCCUCCUCGCCGGCCCCCUCAACGAAGGCGAAAUCGACACCUUCCUGACCGAACUAGAACGCCUCGAAAGCAUCAGCGCCCCACCCGUCCUAAACGACAGACUUCCAGAGUCCAUUGAAUUAAUUAGCGAAGAUGAACACGCUGACUAA